AUGGAAGAGGCUCUGAGGGACUUUGAAAAGGUUGCUUAUAUCAGUGAAAUGAGAUACUGUAGUGAGGAAACUCAAAGCUUGGAGGAACAGAAGAACAGUGUUGCUGUGUGUGGCAUUGACUGUGUACUAUAUCGUAAGGAAGACAAUCUUUGCUCCCACAGUGUCAAGAGUGAAAACACAGUAAAAGCUGAAAUAGUGGAGCCAGUAUCACUUCACACAGCAAGAAGCCAAGGACCCACCGAGGCUGUCACUUGGAAGAGGUCAUUGUUGUUGCAUCCAGCAUCCCAGCCUGACUGCCUAGACAGGUCCCGCAGGUUGCUGAAUGGCAGAGAUGCAGGCUGCUCCACAGCAAGAUCAGCGUUCGACCGUUUCUCUAGGGGCAAGCGACACCUCCUGGUGGGGGACUUCAAAUCUGCUGUCGCUGCCUUCGAGGUGUGUCUGUUGCUUAGGAGGCAACAGAGUCCCUGGUGGAGCUGUGUGGGGAGCAGGCGCCCGAGUGUGGUGACGCGUACUGCCGCUGUGGCCGUGCAUUGCUGGAGCUGGCACGCAAGGAGGCAGGGGUGCUGGGGCCAGAUCUGGAUGGUGCCAGUAGUCAGGAGGGAAGCACAGGGGAAGAGGAGGACGAGGAGGAAGAGAGUUAAGAGUCACAAGAGGAGGAGGAAGGUGGAAAGAAAGAGGAAGGAGAGGAGGAGGAGGAGGAGGAGGAAGAUGGAGAAGGAAAGGAGAAAGAUAAGAAGGAAGGAAAUGCUGCAGAAGGAGAAGAUAGAAAUCAAAAACGUCACAAGACAGAAUAGUGAGCUGCAUGCACUUAUCACAGAGUAUAAAGUCACUCCCUCAGAGGAAAAAGACAAGGAUGGCAUGUCUUCAUGUGAGAACUCAGAAGCUAAAUGUACAGAUACCAAGGGGAAAUUGCUGGGUCAAGUGGCUACACUGACAUCUGAGGUUAGCAGGUUGGAGAGUGAGUGCAGCAGUCUUCAGGUUCAGCUAGACUGUGAGAGGGAUAAGUAUAACAAACUGCUGGGAGAAUCUCUUGCUCAUGAAAAGUUGUCUGAAGAUGUCAUAACUGAACCAAAAGGAGAAACAACAGGAUUGGGAGGAACUGAGCUUUAACAGAAGCUGCAACAACUGCAGGAGGCUCACAGGGUCCUGGAGAGCAGGUUAACUUGCAGCAUGAAGGAGGUGGCUGAGCUAAGUGACAGGAAGUAGCAGCUUAAGCAUGCUGUAGUGCAUGAGGAGACAGAGUCCAUCGGUGUAUGCAUGUUUUUUGCUCAUUUGAAUCAUCUGUAAAAGUGAAGUGGAGGAAGUGUUUACUGUUUACUGUAUGCCAUUUCCUUGGUCUUUUAAUGAAGAAUUUUAUCCUUCUUCAGGUGACUACAUCACCAUCUACCAGUUGCAGCGAGGAGUGAUGAAGCAACAAGCUCGAGAACGCGAGUUAGACCUUGCCAGCCUCCAUCAUGAAUGAGAGGAAAUGAAGCAAAACCACUCUGCAGGAUUUGAUAUCAAAGCUGGUGCAGGAAAAGGAAGCAGAUCAUGACCUUCAGCAGCUCGAGAAGAUAAGCAGCGUCCUUAAGAGUCCAGUUGCUAUCUUUAGCAGUGUUGGAACCAGUGAGUCUGAGACACCCACCAGCAGUGGAAAGCUGGCUGACGAGCGCCUCAAGCACUCUGAAAAGGUGGAGCAACAACAAGAAACAGAAAAUUGCAUCCAUCAUUCUUUGCCUGAGGAGGGAAUUGAUGCUCUGUUGACCCUUCACACUGAUGUCCCUCAUGAGGAGGCAGAAUAUGAAUCCUACAGAACUUGCCCAUAGAAAGACCAAAACUGUUACUGCUGCCACACUGCCACCACUUCCACUGACACCAAAAGCCCAACUGUGCAGAGAAUCCUGGACCUCCGCAAUGAAAUGGAGUCCACCAGUCACCUGGAGCACUUUAGCCUCCAAAAGUUCCAUCCGUGUCCAUUGUGUUUGGGUAAACUUAUCACUGUAUAAGGGGACAAGUAUCAGUGUAUGGUUACUAUAUACUCAUUUGUACUUAAAGAUGUCAUGUCACAUCAUUCUCUCUCUCUCUCUCUCUCUCUCUCUCUCUCUCUCUCUCUCUCUCUCUCUCUCUCUCUCUCUCUCUCUCUCUCUCUCUCUCUCUCUCUCUCUCUCUCUCUCUCUCUCUCUCUCUCUCUCUCUCUCUCUCUCUCUCUCUCUCUCUCUCUCUCUCUCUCUCUCUCUCUCUCUCUCUCUCUCUCUCUCUCUCUCUCUCUCUCUCUCUCUCUCUCUUUCUUUCUUUCUUUCUUUCUUUCUUUCUUUCUUUUUGCAUAUUUUACUGCUUUACAUUCCUCCCCACAGUAUUUUUUCAUCUACUUUAUGACUGCAGUAGUUUUAUCAUCCCAGUGUAUGCCGUAUCCACUCUGAAACUGUAAUUCACCAAUCAGCUCAAAUGUGUCUCUGUUUUGAUAAUCAUUAAUUUGUUUCAGCUACACAACCACUCUGAUAAGGGACAAAAUCUACUUCACCAGUCAUCUAUGUCAUACAGUCAUAUAUAUUCAUACAUAUGACAAAAUACUCUUCCUAAGACAUUUCUUAUUUUCUCUUCUCAAGUGACCUGUCCAUCUAUCUAAGGUACCACAUAACAUUUAAAACUUACAAUAUUGCAUUUAAUUCAUGAACAUUUUUUUGUCUAUGUAGACUUGAAAUUGUAUUGGUUCCUGUGGAUGAGUGGGCCAUGCUGUGCUUUGUCAAGGAUGGUGUUUGGUAUUGUGAUGACUCUUGCCACAAUCAAGUGUCUCCCACAGAGUAGUGGAGUACCUAUGUAUGGUGUUGACCCAAGCUGUCCAGGUCUCAUCCAAUGCCUUAAUAUGAUUUAGAUGAUCAAAAUGGUUUAACUCACCAGCUGACUGAUUUGAAUGGAGAAGUAUGUAAUGUGUUGUAGCCUAACCAUCCCUGCCAGCAUGGUCAGACUCUUGGUAGUAACCUGAAAUGCUCCUAGGUAGUGAGUAUCAUUGCACAUAAUGAUCUUUACUUUGUCAGUAAUUCAAUGAUACUGAAUAUUACUCUACUGGAUUUUGCUCAGCACUGCUUGGUAACUUUUGGCCAUAAUCCCAGGUCUGGAAUGAUAUGAAGCCAUGUUUUUACAUUCCAUAUGAGACAGGCAAGCACUAUGCUUUGCCUGACUGAUACCUGUACUUUGCAUUUAUGACCCCAGGUAGUUCAUCACUCUCUCUCUCUCUCUCUCUCUCUCUCUCUCUCUCUCUCUCUCUCUCUCUCUCUCUCUCUCUCUCUCUCUCUCUCUCUCUCUCUCUCUCUCUCUCUCUCUCUCUCUCUCUGUUUGGAAUUAUACUGUAUAUUAGGAAAUAUCAUUAAAGAGUGUGUGUGUAAAAAGUGUUUGCAUUAUUGUGCAUUUGAUGUUGGUUUCAUGAUUUAUAAAGAUUGCUAUUUUUAAUAAAGUUAUUGAAAUUGUUA